GAGCCGCUAAACUGGAGAUACAGAUUACCUGCGUGAGAGUAGAGGCAGAGAUAGGCCAAGCUUUUUGGCGACUCUUAUGAGAGCUGCUAAGCUAGAGAAUUUGACGCGGGUGAGGACAACAAGGGGCACUAGGCGCCACUGGGAACGAACAUAGAGGGGCGCUAGGCGCCGCUGGGCAUAGACGCAAAGAGGUGCUGGGCAUCACUAGGCACAAACGCUAAGGAGCGCUGGGCGUCGCUGGGCACUAACGCAGAAGGGUAUGGACGUCGUUGGGUAUGGACGUCAAGGAAUGCUGGGUAAAGGUGCGAUGGCACCAAAGAUAUGGGCUACAAGAGGAGACAUCGUAGGCUAACUAGUCGACAACAUAACUGGGGGCAGAGGGUGAUGCCACUAGUAGUAACUGGGAAACACCACUGGGUAGUGGCCAUAGGCAACGCAGGCUGGGGCGCUGGCUGGCAGGCGUACCUUGUACACAGGGCCAAAGCCUCCGUGACCGAGCUGGUUCGACUCGGAGAAGAAGUUGGUAGCAAUUUGCAGAGUCUGAAGCCCGAAAAACAAAGAGUCAGCGCCGUCCUCAUCUUCAUCUCCGCCACCGCCGACGGCGUCUCCACCGCCUCUUACUCUCUUCUCAAAGCAACUGCAGAAAGUGGAUAGAAAUCCCAUGGAUGGAGCGUCAAUUGUACCG